CACAGAGUUCUUACAUCUUUCCAGGACCUUGAUAAAGAAAAGGUCAUAACGAGAGUGAGAUACCUACACCUCAACAGGAAUUCAAUGACACUUGCUGGGAGAAUGACUUCCAUCAAUGACACCCACUUCCAUCCCCCCUUGUUUCACCUGCUAGGAAUCCCAGGACUGGAAACUGUACAUAUCUGGAUUGCUUUCCCAUUCUGCAUUGUGUACCUGAUUGCCCUUGUGGGGAACAUCACCAUUCUCUUUGUGAUCAAGACUGAACACAGUCUCCACCAGCCCAUGUUCUACUUCCUGGCCAUGUUGUCUAUGAUCGAUCUGGGUCUGUCCACGUCCACCAUCCCCAAAAUGCUGGGCAUCUUCUGGUUCAACCAACAAGAGAUCAGCUUUGGGGGCUGCCUUGCCCAGAUGUUCUUUAUCCACAUGUUCACAGGAAUGGAGACCGUUCUCCUGGUGGCCAUGGCUUAUGACCGCUUUGUUGCCAUCUGCAACCCUCUCCAGUACACCAUGAUCCUCACCAAUAAAACCAUCAGCAUCCUAGCUUCUCUUGUUGUUGGAAGAAAUUUAAUUCUUGUGACUCCAUUCGUGUUUCUCAUUCUGAGGUUGCCCUUCUGUGGGCAUCACAUCAUCCCUCAUACGUACUGUGAGCACAUGGGUCUUGCCCGGUUGGCCUGUGCACCCAUCAAGGUCAACAUUAUCUAUGGGCUCAUGGUGAUUUCUAAUAUCAUUGUGGAUGUGAUCCUGAUUGCCUCCUCCUAUGUGCUUAUCCUUCGAGCUGUUUUCCGCCUUCCUUCUCAGGAUGCCCGGCUAAAGGCUCUCAAUACCUGUGGUUCUCAUGUCUGUGUCAUGCUGUGCUUUUACACACCAGCUUUUUUUUCUUUUAUGACACACCGUUUUGGCAGAAACAUUCCCCGCUAUAUCCACAUUCUUCUGGCUAAUCUUUAUGUGGCUGUCCCACCGGCCCUUAAUCCGGUCAUCUAUGGAGUCAGGACCAAACACAUCAGAGAGAGAGUUGUGAAGAUAUUUGUACAGAAAUAAUAGUUCUGUGUCAACAUUUGGAAAAUAUAUCCACAUACCACCCACAUUUUAAUAAUCUGAGCUCUGCUUCAAAUUUCCUAUUAGAGUAGAUAGCAGUAGCCAGAUUUUUAUUUUUUAUUGGAAUUCAUUUAGAGCUGACAGGUAACUUUGCUGUCUGCUCUACCCACCCACCCCAUGUAACUGGACGAAGGGAAAGCACUGAUGGAAAAGGAAGAUGUCCUGGAGGCAGCAGUGGUUUGGGAGUAGAAUGGCUGGUGGGAAAAGAUGAGAACACUCCCCAUUUUUCCAUGUGUCUUCUCUUUAGGUACGUUCAGACCCUGAAGGAACACUCAUCCAACAAUCUCACUUUGUA